AUGGCGACUGUGGCGACUGUGGCCAGUGUGGUCUCCGUCUCGUUGCUCUCCGAGGCCGAAUUCGGCUGCGAGCAUCUGGCCACCCAGCUGGGACAAGAUGCCAGCACCGCGGACCAAUUCAAGAGCUCUUUUAUUAAGGCGCAUAACUCCCUAGCUGUUCUGCCGAAGCCUAUGGACGGACUUGCCAAGCAAAACGGUCGUCUGAAGGUCAACGGCUUUUUGAAACCCAAGUAUAUCUGUCUUACGUGUUCCGAGAUGUGCUUGAUGGGCGAUCGCCAAGCUCACACGAAUAAGACAGGACAUUCAUUCUUCAUGGAUUCCCGAGCUCGUAAUCUUUAUUGUCAGGGCUGCGGCGACUUUGUCUUCGAUCAUGGCUUGGAAAGACUUCGUUGUUCUGCAGCAGAAAGUGCCUUACAAGUCGCCAAGAAACGUCGCUUUAGUGAUAGUUCAGCGGAUGAGCUAUACAUCCGGAGCAAUGCUACGAAGCGUCCCUGUGCGAAACAGGGCGUGAGGGGUCUGUUCAACCUGGGUCAGACCUGUUAUUUGAAUGUCAUUCUGCAGACUCUCCUACACGACCCGAUUCUCAGCACAUAUUUCCUUGGAGACGGGCAUCAGCCCCACGACUGUACUAUUCCGGAUUGUGUCGGCUGUGCAGUCGCUGAAGCAUUCGCCGACUUCAACAGCAUUGACAAGGCGGAAGGAUUUACAGCUUUAAAUCUCCUGGUGGCAUCUUGGCGCUCAAGUCCUACGUUAGCCGGUUAUCAACAACAAGACGCCCAUGAAUAUUACCAGUUCCUUGUGGAUAAGCUUCAUGCCAGCACCGAGGGUCAUCACGAGAACCACCAGAAAGGAUGCCCCUGCUUCUUUCACAAGACGUUUUAUGGCAAGCUUCGCAGUAGCGUGACAUGCGACAAGUGCGGCAAUGUCACCCGAACAGAGGAUCCGAUGGUAGAUCUUAGUCUUGAUGUCCAGGUGAAGAAACGCGCCAUGGGCGGUGGAGUCGGUUCAUCUACUCCGACGCUCAGCGGAUGCCUCGAGAGUUUUACAUCGCCGGAGAAGCUUAUGGCGGGGGUGUAUAACUGCAGCCAAUGUAAUGGGAACUCCCAGAAGGCUACCAAGCAGUUGCGUAUCAAGAAAUUGCCGGCUAUUCUAUGCAUGCAGCUCAAGCGAUUUGAACACAGUGCCUCUGUCUCCGAAAAACUGGAGGGUCGAAUCGAGUUUCCUCUGUCCAUUAACAUGCUCCCAUACACGACGAAUCCCAACUCCAAGGUUGACAAGGCACGCUUCAUGUAUGAUCUCUCAUCCGCCGUUGUGCACAAGGGCAAACUAGAUUCCGGCCACUAUUACGUUUACUGUCGCCAAGGAGACGAGUGGAUGCUCUUCAACGACGACCAAGUCACACCGGUCACCGAAGCCGACGUCCUCAACGCAGAUGCCUAUCUGCUUUUCUACAACCUGCGAUCCUUAGCCUCUGCGCCACCACAGUAG